AAAUUUCUUGGAGGAAGACCAGGCUGAGUGAGAGGUCAACAAAGUAGGGCAUCCAGGCACCUGAGAUAUGUUCAUUGGUAUAUUGGCUUGGGGAUGGCACAUAUAACUGGAUGCCAGGAACAACUUUUUCACCUUUUUUCCCCCCACCCCUCCAAGCACGGGCCUAGUUCUUCCGAACGGUUAAAACAAAAGGAGCUCCCCGAUCAUGUAUACAACCGAUGCUCCGACGAUGCUCUACAGUGGCGGGGCACACGGACCUCCACCCCCAAACUUCCAAACUCCCAAUCGCGCUCCAAAUAAACCCCUUCAACCCUCUCAACCUCCCACCCUCAAUAAACAGCAGAUAAUACCUACCGG